AUGUCGACGUGGGGAGAAUACUUCCGGGUCACCACUUAUGGUGAAUCCCACUGCCGCUCUGUCGGCUGCAUCGUCGAUGGCUGCCCUCCGGGCAUGGAGCUCACAGAGGAAGACAUUCAACCCCAGAUGACACGACGACGUCCCGGGCAGAGUGCUCUGACGACGCCUCGAAAUGAAAAGGACCGAGUCGAGAUCCAGUCUGGAACGGAGUUUGGCGUUACCCUGGGUACCCCGAUUGGAAUGAUGGUGCGCAAUGAGGAUCAGAGACCCAAGGACUACGGCGGCAGCACAAUGGAUCUCUACCCUCGUCCCAGUCACGCUGAUUACACUUACCUGGAGAAGUACGGUGUCAAGGCGAGCAGUGGUGGUGGCCGGAGUAGUGCCCGCGAGACCAUCG